UCUACGUGUCAUAGAAACACGUGGCAAAAGCGCCAUAUAGGAGAAAGAGGAGAGUGGGAGAGAGGGAGAGAGAGACAAUGGAUGUGUUCGAAGAUGGCGCGUCUAGGGUUCUUAGCGUGACGAUCGGGGAGAAAGGAGAAGAAUGCCCGCCGCCGAAGCCAUUGCUGGUAGCAGCGCCUUCCAAUCCGGCGCCAGCCGACGGCUUUCCAGUCCUGAUCCUCUUCCAUGGCUUCUGCCUCAGCAAUCUCUUCUACCGCCAGCUAAUGCGUCACAUUGCGUCCCACGGAUUCAUCGUCGUCGCGCCACAGAUGUAUCGCUUUGCCGGGCCCGAUGCCAGUCCAGAGAUCGAAGACGCGGCGGCAAUUAUCAGCUGGGUUCCGGGAAAUCUUCACAGAUUUCUACCGGCGGAUGGAGUGAGAGCCGACGCAACGAAGCUCGCCAUCGCUGGCCACAGCCGCGGGGGUAAAGUCGCCUUCUCUCUCGCCUUGGGAUUCUCCAAGCGCUCACUGCCGAGCCGCGUCUCCGCUCUCAUCGCGCUCGAUCCGGUCGAUGGGACAUCCAGCGCGAGCCAGACGAAUCCGCCAGUGCUGAGAUACCGCAAGGAUUCGCUCCAGCCGAAUUGCCCCGUAUUGAUCAUCGCCGCGGGCUAUGGUGGCGAGAAGAAGAAUUUCCUCUUCCCGGCUUGCGCGCCGCGAGGAGUCGGCCCCCUGGCAUUCUUUCGAGACUGCUGCGCGCCAGCGUUCCUCCUCUCGGCUCCGGAGCACGGGCAUUUCGAUUUCCUCGACGACGCCACCUCGGGAUUGAAAGGUGGGCUGACCUCUCUCGUCGGGAAGAAUGGAAAGGCCCGGAAGCCCAUGAGGAUCUUCACCGCCGGCGCCAUAGUCGCGUUCCUCCAGGCAGUUUUUAGAAGCACUGCUGGUGGUGGUGGCAAUAGAUUUGAAGAACUUCUUCACGACACUAACACUGCCCCUGUGAAGUUGGAUCCGCCCGAGUGGAAUGGAGAGAUCCACAAGAUAUAGGAAGUUAUAGACACACAUACGUA